AUGGUGAACUACAUCCACCGGGGAGCCAUCGCUGGCAGCAGCACGAGAAUCAUUGGCAGUGACACCCUGCACUCCCAUCCCUCCUGUUCCCCCUCUCAGCCUGCUGCUGCUCUUCUGCGCCAUCAGCAUGGUGAACUACAUCCACCGGGGAGCCAUCGCCAGCAGCACGAGGGUUCUGACACCAUACGAGAGGUUGAUGACACUGCUGCUCUCUCCACCCCCAUCUCCCCCUAUCGUCCUUUCUCUCCCCCCAGCCUGCUGCUUCUCUUCUGCGCCAUCAACAUGGUGAACUACAUCGACCGGGGGGCCAUCGCCAGCAACGGAAUCAACGGCUCUCCUUCGCACUGCCAGGGGGACAUCUGUGACGCUGGCAGUGGCAUUCAGGGCGACUUUGCUCUCUCCAACUUCCAGGAUGGUCUACUAGCAACGGCCUUCCUAGUGGGUCUCCUCACCGCCUCCCCUCUCUUCGCCCAUGCCUCCAAGCGCCACAACCCCUUCCGCCUAAUCGCUCUCGGCCUCCUCGUCUGGACGCUCGCAGUGGCCGGCUGUGGGCUAUCCCCGGGCCUGCUCUCCCUCCUCUUCUGCCGCAUGCUAGUGGGAGUGGGAGAAGCUUCUUUUAUCAGUCUAGCAGCGCCCUUCAUAGACGACAAUGCCCCACCGGGCAAGACAGCGCAAUGGCUCGCCACCUUCUACCUCUGCAUCCCGGUCGGCUUUGCCCUGGGCUACCUCUACGGGGGGGUGGCUGGCCCGUUGCUGGGGUGGAGAGGGGCGUUCGUGCUCGAAGCCCUGUUCAUGCUGCCCUUUGUGCUCUACACUGCUACUGCUGCCCCUCCUCUCCUCAAAGGCAGGACGCAGACCCAUGCUACUGCUGGUGUUAAUGAUGACGAGGAGAAGGCAGAGGAGGCACCAUCACUGGCAGCAUCGUCACAUGUUGAAGCGACUCUGCAGUCGAAGCAUGGCGAUGGGUCUCUGCUGGACGACUCACUUUCUCUCGCUCGCAACGACAUCUUCACCGUCAAUGUGCUCGGCUAUGCGGCAUAUACGUUCGUAAUAGGCGCCUACGCUUACUGGGCGCCCAAGGCAAUGAGGGAAAUCUUCAAUGAGGAGAGGGCGGAUGCGCUGUUUGGAGGCAUCACGGUGGUGACUGGUGUGGGCGGCACGCUGUUUGGCGGCCUCAUGCUUGACCGCAUGGGAGCCACCAUUCCCAACGCGCUGCUGCUACAAUCCCGGGUGACAGUGGUGGGAGCUAUUUUCUGCCUCCUUGCCUUCGCCUCGCCACACAUCACCCUCUUUGUGCUCUUCAUGACUCUCGGGGAGUUCUUCAUAUUUGCCAUCCAGGGUCCAGCCAACAUAGUGUCACUGCAGUGUGUGCCAUCCAACCUCAGAGCCCUCGCAAUAGCCGCUGCAACCGUUGUUGCUCACCUGCUAGGAGACGUGCCCUCGCCACCCAUCCUCGGCCUCCUUCAGGUGCCUUGCCAUUCACUCUCAGGACACGGUGGGCAACUGGCGCAUCAGCAUGGGGAUAUUCACUGCCGUGCUGCUGCCUCCCAUCCCAAUUCCCCUCUCUACUCUCUGCCAUGUCUUCUUCUCUCUGCCCUGUCUCCCCUCCCCAUCCCCCCAUGCGCACAGGACAUGGUGGGCAACUGGCGCAUAAGCAUGGGAAUAUUCACUGCUGUGCUGCUACCUGCCGCUGCCCUAUGGGCUCACGGUAACCCUACUCAUCCUCUCCCUGCUCCACCUUCCCCAACUCCCGCUUCACCUCACUCCGUCGUCCCCCAUUCCGCCUUCCCCUAA